AGAGUGUUGUUCUACGGGAGAAGUGUCAAAACCAGUGUAUAUAUUUACAAAACAGUUUGAAAAUCGUUAAUUUAAGUGUUCAAAUUUGUUCAUUUUGAAAAUAAAAUAUAAGAAUCUGAAAGAAAAAAAUAAUAUCUUCUUGAUGGCACUGUGUGAUCUGCGCACCCGUAAACGAAAAGUGGUAAAUAAACAUUGCCUCGUAGGAACUUGCCGAAAUCCGGCUCCUACGUUAUUCCCGGUGCCUCAUUCGGAAUGCCCAUCAUUUCGAAAAUGGCGAAAAACCCUGGAUAUCGACGGAUUACCUGGCAGUUGGAUUUGCAGAAAUCAUUUUUUCGAUGGGGACUUUCAAACGUACAAGCGUGUGAAAUUAAAAAGAACAGCAAUUCCAUCUAUCUUUCCGACGGCAGACAAAACUCCUGCUCCGAAAGAAGGGUGCUGGAUAAGGGGCUGUAAAGUAAAAGCUAAGAAAAUGCUGGUCAAAGCUCCUGCCGCCAAACAUGUUCGCCAGAAAUGGAUUGCUGUUCUGCAGUGUGACCAUAAAAUAAUAAGCGAUGUGAGGAUUUGCAGAAACCACUUCCGCAAACAAGACAAAAUUUCAGUUGUAUCCACAUAUCUGAAAUACAGUGCAAUCCCAACUCGUGCUGUCGGAUCGCUUAAGCGGAGACGAAAAUGCAGUUCCAAAAUUUAUGCAGACCCAUCUAUCCAAACUAAAACGGAAAACGCCAUUACACCGGAACACGGUUAUGCUAUUCAACUAAAGCUACCUCGUAGCAGGACAAUGUGCUUUGCAGUUGGAUGUACUGCGAAAGCUGGCAACGGAAUUAUGUUACACAAAUUUCCACUGGACAACAGAAAUCUGAACGGUAGAUGGAUGCAGGCUAUCCGGAGAACAACGAAACCCACGAAGUUUUCAAGAAUAUGCAGUAGACAUUUUUUGCCCUUCGAUUAUAAAAUAGGAGGAAAGCGCUUGAAACCGGAUGCGGUUCCAUCACAACACUUGCCUAGGAGCUUCUCAACAAACAAGUUCCGUCUCAGUAUCGAUUCUAGCAAGUCAUUAGAUGACCAGAGUAACUCAUCACUAACUGUAUCAGAAGACUCUGAUGCUAAGCAGAAUUCGGUUAUUUGUGGAAAUACGACAUGUUCAGAGCCCUAUUAUACAGCUGUCGACAAUGAAACACAAAUUGACACUGACAACGUGAAACAUGGUACCAAUACUGCUCAAAUUGAAAUAUUGCAAAAUGAUCUGCAAUCUGAAACUAAUAUGAGCACUUCGACAGAACAGUUGAAUACAGAGUCAGACAAGGAUACAUCAGUACCAUUAUUGAUUAAACAGGUUAAGAAUAAGCUAUCUAGAAUAAGAAAUGGAGCCACUCUUACGACAUUAAUAAAAUCAGAUAAGGAUGCAAACACGUGGACUGGUCUCACAUCGCUUAAUCAACUAGAUGCUAUUUGUGUGUCAGUCAAAACGAUUGAAGAUCAGGUUUAUCAGAGACAGUGGAGAGCUCAUACUGUUGACCGAGUCAUCCUGACCUUGGCAAAAUUGAAACAAGAUAUUUCUUUCGCAGCAUUGUCUACCUUGUUUGGCGGCAUCUCUAUUUCAACUGUAGCAGAUUAUUUUAACCAUACGAUACACGUAUUAGCAGAAGUACUACAGCAAUUUAUAUAUUGGCCAGAUCAAGAGGAAAUUUACCGUAAUAUUCCCUUGUGUUUUAGAAACAGGUUUGAAAAAGUCAGAUGCAUUUUCGAUUGCACGGAAGUGUCGGUUGCAACACUAAAAUGUAUUAAUUGUUGUAUUUCUUGCUAUUCCAAUUACAAAGGUAGAAGGACUGUAAAAUUUUUGAUAGGAGUCACACCAGCAGGGCUAAUUAGUUUUGUGAGUCAAGCAUUUAGUGGCAAGGCCUCAGAUAAGCAAAUUUUUAAUGAUGAAAAUGUGGUGGCACUAUUCGAUGCAUAUAGAGACGAAAUAAUGGUAGAUAAAGGCUUUAGCAUUGAGAAUGAGUGUUUAGCUAAUGGAAUCAGGUUACACAUACCACCAUUUCUUCGAGGAGAGAGAUUGUCGUCAAGAGAGGCUGUUCUUAAUGAAAGCAUAGCCAAAGCGAGAAUACAUGUUGAGCGUGUAAUACAACGUAUUAAGCUUUUCGGUAUUCUUCAGAAUACGAUUGAAACUUCAAUGUUAACCUCCAUUGACGAUAUAAUGAUUGUUAUUUGCGCAAUAGUUAAUCUGUCGCCUCCAAUCUUCCAGGACAAUAAAUUUUAG